AUGGCUCCUGAAAAUUUCACCUGGGUCACUGAGUUUAUUCUCACAGGUGUCUCAGACCGUCCGGAGCUCCAAAUUCCACUCUUCCUUGUUUUCCUGGUCAUCUAUGGGCUGACCGUGGCAGGCAACCUGGGCAUCAUCACCCUCACCAGCAUCGACUCUCGACUUCAGACCCCCAUGUACUUUUUCCUCCGGCACUUGGCUAUCAUCAAUCUUGGCAACUCUACUGCUAUUGCCCCUAAAAUGCUGGUUAAUUUUUUAGUAACGAAGAAAACCAUCUCCUACUAUGAAUGUGCCACCCAACUGGGAGGGUUUUUGGUUUUCAUUGUAGCUGAGGUUUCCAUGUUAGCUGUGAUGGCCUAUGACCGCUACGUGGCCAUCUGUAACCCCCUGCUCUACCUGGUGGUUUUAUCUCGCCAGAUCUGCCUCCUGCUCGUGUCCCUCACCUACCUUUACAGUUUUUCCACUGCUAUUGUGACUUUAUCUUCUGUAUUCUCUAUGUCUUACUGCUCUUCCAAUGUAAUCAAUCAUUUUUACUGUGACACUGUUCCUUUGUUAGCAUUGUCCUGCUCUGAUACUUCCUUUCCAGAAACAUUCAUUUUUGUAUCUGCAAGUACAAAUUUGGUUUGUUCCAUGACUAUAGUUUUAGUAUCUUAUUUCAACAUUAUUCUGUCCAUUUUAAGGAUACGUUCGUCAGAAGGAAGGAAAAAAGCCUUUUCCACAUGUGCUUCACAUAUGAUGGCAGUCACAGUGUUUUAUGGGACACUAUUAUUCAUGUAUUUGCAGCCUCGAACUAGCCAUUCAUUGGACACAGAUAAAAUGACUUCUGCGUUUUAUACACUUGUGAUCCCCAUGCUGAAUCCCAUAAUCUACAGCCUGAGGAAUAAGGAUGUGAAGGCUGCCUGUGAGAGAUUUCUGUCAAAUGUAUGCCGUUCUUUUAAAUCAAUGUAA